CGUGCGGCCAUGGCGACCGUAGAGCAAGAUUGUACAGGCAACCCGGAGAUCAGCGCAGCUGGUAGUCGGAGGCAAGGACAAAGCUUGACGAGGACUUUGGUAGACGAGCAAUCGACAGCUGAAGGAAGAGAAGGAAGGAUGACGACGAAGAACGGGCGCCAGGCGGCCAUCGGUGCGAUGGCCGGGCCCCGUUUCAAGAAGCGAGCGAUGCUACCCUGGUUUACCGGGUGGUGCAUCGUUCUUUGGUGGGCGACGUCGUGCGUGGGCGGCGUCGCAGCGCAAGGUGGUCUUGUGCACCCCGUCGGUGGGUACCCCAUCGGCGGCGACAACCCACGCAGCGCAGCCCGUGGCAGCGCGAGCGAAGGAGCAGACUCGGGCGGCUCGAGCGUUCUUCGUGAAGCCCGUGCGCGUGCCCUCAGCGCGUACUCGGAGGCAGCGACCGACCCGUGCGCCGCCUUCAACACGGGCCCAGACGUGACCGAGCCGUACUGGACGCGAAUGGCGUCAUGUGCCGCGUGUGCUGCCAUACAAGGCUGCGGGUUUUGUCUCGCAACGCUCUUGUGUGAGCCCGGUGGUCCGGCCGGUCCGACGGCAGGCAACUGCGACUCGUGGCUUUCGGCGCCGGCGCUGUGCCCGACCAAACCUGACUGCACGGCGCAUUCCACAUGCGGCGCGUGCGCGUCGUCUGACGGCGCGUGCGCGUGGUGCACAAAGGCCAACACCUGCAUGCCGACGGACGCGGUGUCCGACGCGACGUGCGGCAGUGUCGUGACCUCGCCACCGUGCCCGAUCAAGAUCACCAAGGUCACAAACUAUGUGACGGGCGUGGUGACGAUCUAUCCCGACCCGACGACCAACGCGUCGGGCCUCGAGGUCCACGGACAUGCCUACAACGCUACGGUUGGCGAGCGCGUUGCGUUGCACGCGGCGAGCGACGUAGCAGUGUCGGCCGGGGACGCAAUCACGGUCAACACGAUGGGGCACAACGUCUCGGUCAACGCUGGCAGUGGAUUGAGUGCCGAUCGAGGCGCCGGCGGGUCAGUCUCGAUCAAUGCCGGCAGCGGUGCGGGCCAGGUCGCGCUAGGUGGCGCCGGCGCCGGUGGCAACGUCAGCGCCAAUGCCGGGUCGUCGCUUCAAGGAGUCGGUGGCAGUAUCAACCUCUCGGGUGGUGCCGGCAAUAGCUCUGGCGGCGCGAUCCGACUGCUCUCGGGCCCGAGCAUUCUGGGUCCAACGGGCGUCAUCGCGAUUGCGACCGCCGACGGUCCUGAUGGGAAUGCUACCGGCAACAUUACCAUCCAAACGGGCGGCUCGACACUCGCAUCGGGCUCCAUCGUGGUCGCGGUUGGCGCCGCGAUCGUCCCGGGCACGCUCGUGCUUGCCGGUGGCGCUGCCACGGCUGGAAACACGACGCAAGCAGGCGGCAAUGUCAUUGUGACGAGCGGAGCAUCGGCUCUCUCGACCGGCGGCACGUCUAUUGUGACGACGGGCGACGGCAAUUUGGGCAGUGGCGACUUGCAACUGCAAACGGGCGGCAACAGCUCGACAUCGGGCCGUGUCGUCAUUGGUUCCGGCGGCGCUACGCUGAAAAGCGGCGACGUCCGCAUCGGCUCGGGUAGCGUCAAGGUGCGCGGCGCCGUCGCGGGCGCGGUCCGCAUCGGGUCCGGCAACGACAUCAACGCCGCCAUUAGUGCCAACAUUACGGUGGUAGCGUCGUCAACAGUCGCGGGUCAGCAAGCAGGCAGCGUGCUUGUCAAGGGUGGCGACGCCGGUCAAAGCGCGGACAUGACCGUUGUCAAUGGUGUCGCUGGUGCCGUGUCGAUUGAAGGUGGUCGCACGUUGCGCUCAACUGCGGCUAGCCAUGGUGGUGACGUGUCCGUGGCAGGUGGCGCUGCCGAAGUUGGCCAAGGCGGCAAACUUAAACUCAUUUCUGGUUCCAGUCGGCUUGGCAGCAGCGGCGACACAUUGGUGCUCUCGGGAUCGUCGGCUGCUGCAUCGGGCUCGGUGCGUGUCGCGUCGGGCAACACGGUUACGGGUGCAUCUGGCGCUGUCAGCAUCAACACGGGCGACGCCAUCAACGCGGCAGCUGGACGUCUCGAUCUUCGCGCAGGUGUGAGUGGCAACGGCGUUGGCGCAGAUGUCAGCGUUGCUGCGGGCGCGAGUACAACAAACGCGGGCGGAACUGUGUCGCUCGCGAGUGGCCGCUCGUUGACGGGUACCUCGGGCGACGUGCGUAUCUUGACGACAACGUCGCCAACAUCGGGCUCGCUCACGCUGUCGACCAGCGACGCCGUCGUCUCUUCGGGCGACGUCAAGGUUGCAACGGGCGCGGCGGGGACCAGCGGUAUUGUCGGCGCGAUCUCAUUGAAGUCUGGCGACGGACCCCAACCGCUCGUUUCGGUUUCGAUCGCGUCGGGUGCAGCAAUUGCGCCUCAAGGCAAGGGUGGCGCCAUGUCGCUCAAGGCAGGCGACGGGUUGUCAACGGACGGUGGUGUCGGUGGCGACAUCGAUAUUUCAAGUGGCGCAGGUCGUGGGUUGCACACGAGCCCGUCCGGUGUCGGCAAUGGCGGCAAGUUGACGUUGAAGAGUGGCGCAUCGACCGAAGGCCUCGGUGGUGUUUUGUCUAUCGUGGGUGGCGCCUCGCAGCUGGCCACGGGUGGCACUGUCGCUCUUAUGAGCGGCGCGUCGGCGCAGGCAACAAGCGGCGAUGUCCAAGUCCAGACGGCGCCCAGCGGUAUUGCAGGCGGCAGUGGCAAGAUUGUACUGCGGUCUGGCGCGGCGACGGGCGGCAAUGCCGGCGUCAUUUCUCUCCAGUCGGGUAGCGCCACGAACGGACGAGCUGGCGCCAUUAGCGUCCAAGGUGGCGCCGGUGAUACCGGCGACGGCAGCAGUCUCUCGCUGUCGGCAGGCCCGACGUCGGCUCCAGCAUCAACCGGUGGUGUCGUCACGCUUCAAGGCGGCGACGGAACGAGCACUAACGGCGGCGACGGCGGCAACGGCGGGACGGUUUACGUCUCUGGUGGUGCCAGUCUUGGCCAAGCGACCAAAAACAUUGGCGGUGCGCUCUCACUCAGCGGUGGUGCGGCCGCUGCGGGCAUUGGCGGCGACGUGUCGCUCAUGUCGGGUGGUAGUCACGUGUACAGCUCGGGCUCCGUAACCAUUGGCUCGGCGUCGUCGGGUCCGCAAGGUUUCAGUGGCGACGUCAACAUCAAGACUGGCACAGCCGUGGCCGGUGCGUCGGGCAGUAUCCAGCUCUCGAGUGGUACUGGUCAAACCGGUAGCGGCGGGUCCAUCGAACUCUUGGUUGGCGCGGGCAACAUCAACGACGGCGGCUCGGUGACGGUCAAGGCAGGCGAGACGACGACGCAAGGUCGUGUCGGUGGCUCCAUCGAUUUGAUUGGUGGUACCGGCUCAAACCCGAGUACUAUUGACGGUGGCGACGGUGGUGCCGUCAACAUUCAAGGCGGCCAAUCAAUGGGCCAAAACAGUGCUGACAACGGUGGCAACGUUGCUUUGACGGGCGGCAACGCCGUCGCGGGCUACGGUGGCUCGAUCUCUCUCACGUCCGGCGUCGGCCAGAGCUCGACAAGUGGCUCCAUCCAAUUGCAAACGGCCAACGCGGGCACAAGCGGCGUGAGCGGCCUUGUUUCGAUUGCAACAGGCACGUCGAGCCAAGGCAGCACGGGAGCCAUUUCGAUUGCCUCGGGCAGCGCGAUCGGUGGCAGCGGCGGUACAAUCACGGUCCAGGUCGGCGACGGAACGUUCGGCGAAGGCGGGCCACUCGUCCUGCGCGCCGGUGCAACCUCGGACGCUCAGACGGGUGGUUAUCUCUCGUUUACAACUGGCGCGAGCGCUCAAACGUCGAGUGGCGACCUGUCGCUUCGCACGUCAAACGCUGGUCAAGAAGGUGUGAGUGGCACGGUCUCGGUGCAAACUGGAACAUCAAGCGCCGGCACCACGGGUGCCAUCGUGCUCGCAACGGGCGCCGCGAGCGGUGGUCGCGGUGGUGCCAUUGUCGCGACAGUCGGCACGGGUAACAAUGGCGAUGGCGGUGAGCUCUCGCUAACGGCGGGUGAGUCGACCGCGGCCAAGUCGUCUGGUGGCACAGUGACGGUGACCGGCGGUCAAGGUUCGAGCAAGACGAACGUUGGUGGCGGCUCGGGCGGCGACGUCAAUGUCUUUGGCGGUGCAGCAAAAGGUAUGAACAAGGUCGACACGGGCGGCGACAUUCGUCUCGAAGCCGGGUUUGCGGCUUACGGCACCGGCGGUUCUGUUGACGUCACGUCGGGAUCGAGCCCGUACACGACGAGUGGUAGCAUCCAGCUGUCGACAGCCAACGCUGGCUCCGCCGGCAUGAGUGGCACGCUUAGCUUGACGACGGGUGGGGCAACCCGCGGCAACACGGGUGCGAUUACAUUGUCGACAAGCGCGACCAAGCUUGGCGUCGCCGGCUCCAUCACGCUGUCAGGAGGCCAAAGCACGUGCGGCGUUGGCGGCCAAAUCUCGCUGUCGGCUGGCCCCGCGGUCAGCAAGGCGAUUGGCGGCUCCGUUUCGAUCCAGUCGGGCGCUGGCCAGCAUACAGCGAGCGGUAGCGUUGCUAUCGAAACAGGAAGCGCCGGCUCGAUAGCCGGCAAAGGCGCGUCGUCGGGCAGCAUUGUCAUGCAAACGGGCCUCACGGCGUUUGGCGCAUCGGGAUCGAUUGUGCUCCAGACGGGCGACGCUACGAGCGGCUCGGGCGGCGGCAUCACGAUGACUGUUGGAUCUGGCGACAAGGGUAACGUCUUUACGCCGGACGAAGGCGUUGGUGGCAGCAUCGUCUUGAAAGCUGGCAACACCAGAGCCAACAAGAAGGUCGGCGGCGCCAUCGAAUUGACCGCCGGGACAGGCCUCAGUAUCGACACGUUCAACGGUGGCCGUGGCGGCUCCAUCAAGAUUGCUGGAGGGGAGUCGAAAGGACGCAGCAAAGUCAACAGCGUGGGCGGCGUGGUCGCGCUCCAUGGUGGCAAGGCUGACUUCUCGACUGGCGGUGCUGUCGAGCUCCAUAGUGGUGUCAGCACGAGCGCAGCAAGCGGCGAUAUCAAGCUUCAGACUGCCAAUGCCGUGGGACCGAGCGCGGCCAGUGGCGCGGUUGUCGUCCAAACGGGCAGCGCCACGUUUGGUAAGGAGGCAACGGCCGGCAGCUUUUCCGUGACCACGGGCAAGUCGAUGACACCUGCCAGCAUUACGUUGCGCAUCGGUGCGAACGAAAUCGGUCGUGGCGGCGACAUCGAGCUCUCGGCGGGCGCGACGACCGAGUAUGGCAAGGCCGGUGGUGACGUGCGUCUUCUCGCCGGCACAGGUGCGAGCAAGCGACGCAACGGGGGCGGCCACGGCGGACAGCUCGUUCUGCAAGGCGGCAUCUCAAUGGGUGGCGACACGAAAGACGUUGGUGGCUUUGUCGGCAUUUCGGGCGGCGUGUCCAUGAGCGGCCCCGGCGGCUCUGUGUCCAUUGCCUCGGGUACCAGCAAAGAGGCCGGGUCGGGAGCGUUAACGCUGCAGACGGCCAACUCUGGCCGUGUCGGUAGCACAGGCGCGAUUGCCAUGAUCACGGGCUAUGCGACGGAAGGUCCGUCGGGCGACAUUGUGGUGCGGUCUGGUGACGCGCCCUACCCCUCGUCACGUCGGUACCCAAACAAGCAAGGCACUGCUGGCAGCAUUCUCGUCGAGGUUGGUGCCAGUGGCUCGACGGACGGUGGCGCGAUCAAACUUGUUGCCGGGUUUGCGAGCGCGGACGCCCGCACGGGUGGUGGUGUAACGGUGAAAUCGGGCGCGUCAAAGUCGUCCAGCGGCGACCUGCUCUUGGAGACGCCCAUGGCUCCUAGUCGUGGCGUGAGCGGCUCGGUGGCUGUUGUGACCGGCAAGGCAGUUAAAGGGUUGUCUGGUGGCAUCCAGCUUUCAACGGGCGCGUCGACCGAUGGCGUUGCUGGCCAGGUGCUCUUGAGUGUCGGUGACACUUUGACGCAGAGCGGCGGUAGCUUGGUAGCUUCUGCUGGCGAUUCGCUCGCACGAGACAGCAGCGGCGGCCGCCUCGACUUGCGUGCAGGUGCGGGCGUGAACCGCGACACGUCGGCCAUCGGAGGCAGUGGCGGCCGUGUCUCGAUCGCUGGCGGCCAAGCGCAUGGCUUGCAUCCCGACGUGAACAGCGGCGGUGAAGUGGCUCUUUAUGGUGGCGACGCCGAUGUCGGUGCCGGUGGUAGCGUGUCUAUCGCGAGCGGCGCCGGCGCUGGAAAGCGCAGCGGCGACGUUCAGGUUGCCUCCGCCGUAUCACCUCGCGGUGACUCGGGUGUCGUGACUGUCGCAACGGGCGAUUCCCAGAAGGGCAACUCCGGCAGCAUUCUCGUAGCGACGGGCGCCACCGAGAGCGGUGGAAGCGGUAGUAUCCAAUUGCGCGCUGGCCACGGUGCGAAAGGACUCGGCGGCAACAUUGAGCUCACGGCCGGCUCGGCGUCUGCGUCUGCCGGCGGCUCUGUCAAGAUCCAGUCGGGGUCAUCGUCGGCGGCCAGCAGCGGUGAUGUGCUCGUCUCUACGGCCCAAGUGACGUCGAAGAAGGACCAGAGCGGUAGCUUCCGUGUUGUGACGGGCUCGACCGAUGGUGGCAACUCGGGCACUGUUUCCAUCGGCACCGGCGCCUCGAGCCGCGGGUCUGCCGGUGAUGUUGUUGUUGCCGCCGGCGACAGCAGCCGCAUCGGUGGCAACAUCCAGAUCAACGCCGGCACGGGCUCUGCUCAUGGUGGAUCCAUCGCUCUCAAGGCAGGUGCCGGUCCGUCGGACGCGAGCGGCACCGUGUCGAUCGCAACGACGGGCGAGGGCAAGAGCGGCGAUAUCGUCAUGGCGACGGGUGACUCAACAAACGACGCGUCGUCGGGUCGACUGACCAUUGCCUCGGGCACGUCGAGCAACGGCGCGGGUGGUGAUGUCGCCGUUCGCGUCGGCGAAGGCAGCUCGCACACUGGGGGUACUCUUGAGCUCUCGGCCGGCGCCAACAGUAAUAUCGGUGGCCGAGUCAAAGUCACUGGUGGUGCAGCACGCGUAUCCACUGGUGGCGCCGUUGACGUGUCGGGUGGUUUUGGUGCUUCCACUGGCGGUGCUGUCACGGUGAGUGGUGGUAACUCAAAGUCCUCGGACGGUGGCUCGGUCGUUGUGACGUCAGGACGGUCGGCCUCAAAGUCUACUGGCUCCAUUUCGAUUGCUUCGGCCCACUCUACUUGGGAUGGUGCCAGCGGUGCCAUUUCGAUCAAAACUGGCGACUCCGGCUACGAUGCGUCGGGCGCUAUCGCACUUUCGACGGGCUCGACGGGAUACGAACGUGCCGGUUCCAUCAGCGCCAGUGUCGGUACAGGACGCCACGGUGACGGCGGUGACAUCUCGUUGCGUACCGGUAACACAAAGGAUGGCACCGCUAGCGGUGGCGCCCUCUCGCUUGAAACCGGUUUCAGUGAAGGCGCUUCGAGUGGCGCUCUCUCGCUUCGGACGACGAGCUCGGCCACGUCUGGCGUCAUCUCGAUCACCACGGGACAAGCGACCGACGGUGGCUCGGGCAGCAUUCUCGUGGAGACGGGCUCCGCGACUCAGGGCGCGGGCGGCGAUAUUACCGUGGCUGUCGGCUCGGGCUCGUUGGGCAAUGGCGGCAACGUGGUUGUCUCCAGUGGUGCAACAACACGCGCCAGCGCUACUGGCGGAAAUGUGACUGUGAGCGCCGGCUCGGGCGACGCGAUCGAUGGUGGCAGUGGCGGCGCCAUUCGUGUCUCGGGCGGUUCGAGCCGCGGUCUUGAUGCGUCCAGCAACGUCGGUGGCCGUGUCGUUGUCUCGGGUGGGAGCGCUUCCGCGUCAACGGGUGGCACCGUUUCCAUUGUGAGCGGGAAGAGCGAUCGCUCUGCGAGCGGUGCAGUUGAGCUGUCAUCAUCUGAUGCGGCAAGUGCCAACUCGGGUGCCAUCAAGAUCGCGACGGGUACCACGACGCAGGGCAAGUCCGGCUCUGUUGUUGUCCAGCCGGGCGCAAGUGAUGACAGUGUUGCCGGUGACAUUGUUCUUGCGGCGGGCAGCAGCUCGGUUGCCACUGGCGGUGCUCUUCGUCUCGCGGGCGGCUCGAGCGCUGCAUCCACUGGCGGUGCUGUUACUGUUGAAGGCGGGGCGUCCAAAAAGGCAUCCAGCGGCGGCAUCUCGCUCGGAACGGCAGGCUCUGUGAGCAGCGGCAACAACGUUUUGUACACGGGUCAAGCUUCCACGGGCAAGGCUGGCGACAUUGUCGUAGCUUCGGGCAGCGCGUCCGCGGGCACAGCGGGGUCCAUCAUCACAAGUGCGGGUAUUUCUCACGCCGGCAGCGGAGCGGACGUCAACGUGACCGCCGGUGCCUCCACCGUCGGUGACGGCGGUCGCAUUACUUUGGUGUCUGGUGCCUCUGUAGCCUCGGUCAGUGGUGUCAUUACGCUGUCAAGUGCCCCGUCGAAAAUGAGUGGCGACGUUGCUCUCGGAACGGGCUUUGCGACAGAAGGCGCGUCGGGUGCACUUCGUUUGACGACGGGUCGGGCAACUGAAGGUGCCGCUGGUGAUAUCUCGGUCUCUGUUGGUACAAGCACCGGCACAAACGGAGGUGCACUGCGCCUCACAUCGGGAGCGACGAGCCAAGUCGGUGGCAGCCUGACCAUUGAGACUGGUGAAAGCACGACGUCGACGUCCGCGUCUCAAACCGGGUCGAUGCUCCUUCAAACGGCCGAUGGGGCAUCCACGGGCUCCAUUAAUGUGGCCUCGGGUGCAGCGACGUCAACCUCCGGCGCCAUUACGCUAUCGUCCGGUCUCUCGACCGGUACAACGGCUGGCAGCGUCUCGAUUGGUGUCGGGGCAAGCCAUCUUACUGGCGGCGAGUUGGCUCUCGCCUCGGGUGUGUCGAUAACUGAAACCGGCGGCCGCAUCUCUAUCACGUCUGGCGCCGGCAAGGCAACGACAAGUGGAGCUGUGGUGUUGCAGUCUGCAGCUGCUGGCAAGUCGGGUGCGUCGGGCCCAGUCCGCAUGCUCUCGGGCUCGUCUUCUGCUGGAGACACGGGGUCCAUCGUCAUCAGCUCUGGAGCCGCCAAGGCUAUCGGUGGCGCUAUAUCGCUUUCCGGCGGCGCCGGUCACACUGGCGGUGACAUUGCUGUGCAAGCUGGCGCUUCCGACGUUAGCGUCGGUGGCUCGGUUCGGUUGACCUCGGGUGCCAGUGGUGCGUCUGGCGUCAGUGGUGCCAUCGCGAUUUCAACUGCCGGCGGUAGUGAUCACGCCACGGGUGACGCGAACCUCACCUCCGGGUCGUCAAAGCUGGGCAGCGCCGGGGCUGUGAACGUGAACGCGGGCUCCGGCACGACUGGAGGCAAGAUCGCUGUCAUUGCGGGUGCCAGCUCGCAAUCAAACGGUGGCUCUCUACUUGUGAGCGCUGGUGCAGCGUCCGCUGCGUCGUCGUCUGGCGGUAGUGUCUUCGUCCAAGCCGGCUCUGCGGCAGCGCCUGGCGCUCUCGGUGGCAAUGUGACCGUCAUGGGUGGCCACGGCAACGGGUCGGCAGCGGCUGCGUCGGGUACUGUGAGCAUCUUUGGCGGCGAGAGCGACAACAGCAUCGGCGGGGCUAUACAGAUUCGCUCUGGCGGAAGCCAAAGCGACGUCUCGGGCAGCGUGGAAAUCGCUACCAAGGCGAGCUCGAGCACUGGCGACUUGACGCUUGCGACGGGCGCAGCAUCGGGGGGCAUGGGGGGCAGUUUGCUUGUGCAGACUGGCUCUGGCUCGUCGGCUGGUUCCGUGGGUAUUACCCUCGGAGCUAGUUCUGCUGCGCCAGUCGGGGCUCAAGUCAGUGUCGUUGCUGGCAGUGCGGCGUCAGGCGGCGCUAUCUCGCUUGUAUCGGGUUCGAGCACGGCUAAGGCCCGCGAGUCGUCCACGGGCGGUAUUACCAUUGCUUCAAGCUCAACGACGACGAUGGGCAACUCUGGGAAGGUUGACCUCUCGACUGGCAACGUUGUGGACGGCCAAGUGGGCGCCCUCUUGCUGACGACUGGCUCGGCGUCCGUUGGCUCUGGCGGCACGAUCAAGGUUUCUGCUGGUAGCGGUGACAUUGGCGGAUCGAUUCGGCUUAUGAGUGGCAGCAGCCAGAAGUCGACCAACUCUGGUGGUGAUAUCGUGCUCACAUCGGGCUCGGCCGUGGAUACAAGCGGCGCAAUUUCGCUGACGUCUGCUAAUGGAAGCACCGCGGGCGGCUCGGGGGUCGUGUCUAUCGCAACGGGUGCUGUGACUGCGGUGCCCCAAGCGUCUGGCGAGAUUGUUUUGACAACGGGUGCAUCGUUGGCCCAAGCCGGUGGUAUCUCGCUCCGCGCGGGUGAUUCGACGACGAAAGGCGCUGCUGUGACGAUCUCGUCGGGCUUGUCCUCCGGUGCCGAAGGUGGCGCGCUUGAGUUGACGUCUGGUGCAUCGCCGGUGACAACGGGGCGUGUUGUGCUGUCUUCGGCCACUGCCGACGCCUCGUCUGGAUCAAUCUCGAUGCAAUCGGGCGACGCUGUCCAAACCUCAGGAACCGUGCGUCUUGCGUCCGGCCGCUCGACGUCUGGUACUGCCGGUAACGUCGUGGUGUCUGCAGGUGCUGCUUCGCGCGAGGCUGGCAACGUCGUCGUGAUUGGUGGCUCAUCGACCAACGCUCUCGGAGGCAAUGUCAAUGUCGCGUCGGGCCCCGGUGCAACAGCGUCGGGUCGCUUGGCCAUUGUGACUGCCGGCAGUGCUUCGAGUGGGCCGAUUGCCCUUGCAUCGGGUGAUGCAACGAGCGAGUCGUCGGGCGCCGUUGCCAUAUCUACGGGAGCUUCGAGUGCGGCACCCGGCACGUUGACGCUAUCCGUUGGCGCGACGUCCGGCGAUGCCACGUACGACGGCGGGGACAUCGUUCUUGCGGCGGGCAAUGCCGCGUCCGGCAAUGGCGGAGCCAUUUCCAUCGGAUCUGGCACGGGACGUGGGUCGAGCGGCAAGGUCGUUCUCUCAACAAGCUCAAGCGACGCGUCUGGCUCGAUCGCUAUCACUACGGGCGACGCCAGCAUGGGCGCUUCCGGUACGAUUCACAUCAGCUCCAGCGCUGGCAGCUCAAGUGGCCAUGUUGCAAUUGCCACCGGUGACAGCAGUCGCACGAGUGGUGGCACCGUUUCGUUGAGCGCAGGACGCUCGGCGGCGGCGACGGGCGGCGCUGUCUCGAUUGCGUCUGGCGCGGGCGCUUUGUCGACUAGCGGUGACGUGACAAUCAAUACGCCGGCAGGUGUCGGCGGCAGCGGUGCGCUGACUUUGACCACCGGCACGUCGGAAACGGGAGCUGCAGGAAGUAUCGCGCUUUCCAGCGGAUCGUCGUCGUCCGGCAGCGCCGGCAAAAUUGCGAUCAAUGUCGGCGCUUCGCAAGGCCAUGUCGCCGGGACUUUCUCGGUGAAUGGCUCGGAAUCGACGACAAGCGCUGGCGGCGCCAUUGCGCUCACGUCCGGGGCCAGCGAGCUUGGCGAGGGUGGCGCCUUAUCGUUGACCUCUGGCAGUAGCUUGAGCGAUGGAACGGGUGGUCUUCUGGCGCUACAAGGCGGUAAUAGUGCGUAUGGCGUCGGUGGCGCUGUCGAAGUUACGUCUGGCACGAGCUCGGGCGCCAGUGGUAGUAUCGCAGUUCAGUCGGCGUCGACAGCUCAAGACGCUUCCGGCUCGCUUACCGUUGGCUCGGGGCAGGCGGCUCAGAUCUCGGGAGCUGUUACCGUCACCUCUGGUAUCUCGACCACACAGUCGGGCACCGUGUCGAUUCGCUCCGGCGACAGCGAGGGACCGGCGGGCGCUGUCGACAUUGCCGGCGGCGCGAGUCGCUUUGGCACAGGCGCCGUUAUUGACAUCACGAGCGGAUCGGGCGAGACCAGUGGCACUGUCCGAGUCCUCACGGCCGAUGGUUCCAGCUCGGGCGCCUUGAAACUUGGCACUGGUAAUGCCGCGUCCGACGCUGCGGGCUCGGUUUCGAUUGCUACGGGCAGCAGCGCGGGCGGUAUCUCGGGCUCGAUUGAUCUUUCUGUCGGCUCGUCGACGUCACAUGAGGCGGGAAGCGUCCGUGUCUCGAGUGGUGCCAGCGACGCAACGGGUGGUAUUGUUCAAAUCACAUCGGGUCGCAGCACGUCGACGGUCUCUGGUUCGGUCGUGCUGUCGUCUUCUUCCAGUGCUACGAGCGGAAACACUGUCAUUUCGACGGGCGUGGCUACGACCGCUGCAUCUGGCUCCGUUCAGAUCAGUUCUGGAGCCGGUGCUGUGGCUGCUGGCGUGAUUGCGCUCACCGCAGGAAGCAGUGCGACCGGGCAAGGCGGCAACAUCACUGUCGCCGCUGGAGCCGGUGGUCAAAGCGGCUCCGUGUCGAUCCAGUCAGGUUCGAGCGGCUCGGUUGACGUCCAGACUGGCUCCUCGACGGCUGGCACCUCUGGAAACCUUGAAAUUGGCACUGGCAGCGCGCUUGGUGGUGUAGCCGGCAGCGUCGUUAUCGCGGCGGGUGCAACAAAUACCCGCCAAGGCAGCGAUGUGUCGUUGGCUGGCGGUGUCUCGAACGCGGGUGCCGGAGGUGCCGUGCGCCUCUCUAGCGGCGCUGGUACCGUGUCGGGCAGUGUCCAGCUUCUUACGGCGUCGUCGUCUUCAAGCGGUGCUAUUCUCAUCGGAAGCGGACUUCCCACGGCCGGUGCAUCGGGCAGCAUCACAUUGUCCACCCACGAAUCGUCGUCGGGUGCCAGCGGGGACGUUAUCGUGUCAGCUGGCGUGGGCGUCAACGGCGGUCGUCUCUCAAUGGUUGCUGGCGCAUCGAGCGGAGCCACGUCUGGCGGCGCGAUUGUGCUUGCGUCGGGCUCUAGUAUCGCUGGCGCGAGUGGUGCAAUUGCGAUUGCUACGGCGUCCGGUGCAUUCACGGGUCGUCUGACGCUUUCCACCGGCGCGUCAACGUCGGGUGCGUCCGGCGCGAUUGAUCUUGUGAGUGGCGACGCGCACUCGACUGUUGGCUCGGUUUCGAUUGCCUCGGGGAGCAGUACCAUCGGCCCAGCAGGCGCGGUGUCGAUUGCUGCCGGCAUGAGCGGCGAGAGCAUCGGUGGUACCAUCGCGAUGGCGUCGGGUGACGGGCGCUCUGCGUCUGGCAACGUCGAAAUUCAGUCGCGAGACUCCGCGCGAGGCAGUUCUGGCACAGUCAGCAUCGCGACAGGCUCGUCGGUCGUGGACCAUUCGGGGUCGAUCGCGAUUACCACUGGAAACGCAACGUCUGGAUCGGUCGGUGCGGUGACUCUUUCAGCCGGUUUUGCGACGUCGACGUCUGGUGCAAGCGUCGUUGUCGCGGCGGGUGCCUCGGGGUACUCAAUCGGCGGUGACUUGGAUUUGUCGUCUGGCGCGGGUCCCACGUCUGGCGCAGUGCGCAUCACGUCGGCAACGUCGAGCAUUACGUCCGGCGCCGUUCACGUCACGUCGGGCACGAGCAAGACGAGUGGUCUCGUGUCUAUUGCAUCGGGGCCUGCCACGACAGCAUCUGCGGGCGCUGUGAUUCUUGGUGCUGGCAAGAGCCAACUCGCCGGUGCCACCGUCGAGAUCCGCGGUGGAGAUAGUGCCACGCUCGAUGCUGGCUCUGUGUCGCUUGUCGCUGGCUCCACAACUGCUGGUGUCGGCGGCGAUCUUCGCCUCUCGUCGGGCUCUGGAGUGGCAUCAGGCACCGUCAGCUUGACCAGUGCGACCUCUACGACAGGCGCCAGUGGCACUGUCACGAUCGCUACGGGCGCUGCCGUCGACAGUGGUGCCCUUGCGAUUAGAAGCAGUGACGGUCUGGAGACGGGUGGUGUGACGACCGUGUCGGGUGGUCGUGGCAGCCGUCGUGGUGGCGACAUUUCACUUCUUGGUGGCGCGUCGUCCACCGGGAUCGCGGGCUCAAUUGCACUUUCGGGUGGCGAGGGCUCCGUCGGCGGCGAUGUUACUGUCACAGCCGGCACCAGCGGCCAGAUCGUGCUCCAGAACGUGGAGAAUAUGGCGUCGAUCAAUGUGGACCCGAAUGGUAGUGUCUCGGUGACGUCUGGCCCCGACGCGCCGCUGACUUUGUCCAGCGGCAGCGACACUCGUAUGGUCGUCGGGUCGGGCGAGCUCACAGUGGCCCACAGCGAGUCGGAUAUCACGGGUGACGUCGUCAUGCGUGUUCGUGCGAACGAAGUCAUUACACAUGUGCCGGCGCAGUUUACGUCCAUCACGUACCCGUCGGACCGUCGUAUCAAGACCGAGAUCCAGGACGUUGAUCAAGAUGACUUGCUCCAGCGCCUUCAGAACAUCGAGGUCAAGCAGUACCGGUACAGCAAGCAGUGGCAGUCCAUCGGGCACGUCUCCAACGAGGUUGUGCGCGGUGUCAUUGCGCAGCAAGUGGCCGAGACCUUCCCCGAGUACGUCAAGGUCGGCUCGUACGCGUUCCCCGAGAAGAACUUCUCGAUGCAGUCGUUCCACCACAUCAACAAGCAGGCGCUGAGCAUCGAUCUUCUUGCGGCGAUGCAAGCACAGUACAAGCGCAUUCGCCUCGGACGCAACGAGCCUCACGCUACGGGACGCAUCGAGAUUACGACGGCCGACGCAAAAGCAAAGGCGACGGGUGACAUUCUCUUGCGCUCCGGUAUGUCGGAGACAGCGGCUUCAGGUAGCAUGCUCGUUCAAACCGGCAACGCCAACUCGGCGGGGUCCAUUGUGCUUGCCGUCGGAGACAGCCAAUCGCGUGGCGGCUCAAUCCAACUGCACGCCGGCGAGUCGGCUGAAAGUGACGGGGGCGCUCUGUUACUGGCGACGGGCACCGGCAUGACAAACUCGGGUGCGCUCGAGCUUGUGUCCGCACGUGCCGAGAGUGCAAGUGGCACGAUCACGCUGGCGAGCGGCGCAGCGCCGACGUCAGGCGGCGUCGUGCUUGAGACAAGCAACGCCAACCAACCAGGCAGCAUUGUCUUGUCUACUGGGCGCUCGAGUACGGGUUCAGGCGGCACGGUCCAUGUGCACGCUGGCUCGGGCAGCACGGGCGGCAGUAUCCGCCUUAUGUCUGGCCGCGGCUCUAGUCCUGGCGAGCUUUCCCUCGGCAGCCCAGCGGAUGCGGAUGCAACGGGGUCUGUCACGAUUGCAACCGGCGCGACGACAAGCUCAACUGGCAAAGCGGGAUCGCUUGCGCUGCGUGCUGGUGCUGCUGCAUCGGUUUUGCUUGACAAGGACGUUGUCAUUGCAUCGGGCGGCUCGACCGCGCAGAGUGGUUCCAUUGCUCUCGUAUCGGGGCGUGACACGCAGCAGUCCAGUGGUGAUAUCAGCAUCCAAACGGGCACGGCUACGGAGCAAGCUGGAUCCAUCACCAUGGCCACGGCCGACGGUGCGCGCGGCGGUGACGUACACAUCUCGGCAAGUGGCAGUCUCGCUCUGCAAGGUGGUCUGCGAGGCAAUGUCUCGAUUCGCACCGGAGGCAAGGAUGCACCAGCUCGCACUAGCAUUGACGUGGAAUCCAACGGAAGCUUCCGCGCUGCAAGUGACACCAUGGUGCUUUCCAGUCGGGACGACCUCCAAAUUGCUGGUGGGCCUGUUCGCGUUUCUGGGACGUCGAGCACGACACACGGUGUCGCCAUCUCUGCCAACGACCAAAGAGGGUCAAUUCAGCUCUCUAGCGGUCGCUCAGGUGCUUCAUCGCAAGGCGCUACGAUUACGCUCGGACAUCCUAGCGACGAAACGUUGACUGCGUCGAUCGUCAUUGCGAGCGGUGUCAACGAUGCCGUUUCGGGCACGGUCAUCCUCAAGUCGUCUUCUGCCGUGUCGUCGGGUGUCGUGGAGCUCACGA